UACUUCUUAGUCAUUUAUUGGUCGAGUUCGCGUUAACAGGUGUGUAGCGAUCACUUUCGCGCUCCUCCAUCGGUCGGUACAAGAUCGGAGUGUGUAACUGUUACCAACGUGCUGUUUGUUAUGAUGAUGCGAUCUCAGCUAUUGAUUUCAUUGGUGAUGAUCACCUUGAUGCUGCGAACUGUUCCCGUCAAUUGUGCUCCGUUGGGAAAGAAUGUGUUUGCCUCGUCGAAGAACGUUGACAGUUCGGAAUUCAGUGACAAAGCAUAUGCUAAGGAGCUCCAGAAAGUUUCUUGGAUUGGAAAUGAACCAGUUCCCGCAUUACAAAAGUAUAACAACCCACCAGAUCAGGACAACGCCCGCAAAGAGGUGGACAAUUUCCCGUCCAACAUCUACAGCAAGUAUGAUAAUGUCCAGAAAAAGGUUAAGGAUUGGUUCGAUACCGAACCGCUACUCGACCACAUCCACGAGUCGGACAAGUACGGAAAUCAAGGAGAUCAGUUUUACUUCAUCACCAAACCCUUGGUACAGCUGACUCAAAAAGUAGCAAUUUUAACCAACAAGGUCUUUGCGGCCCCACGUGAUUUGUUCCGGAAAGCGAACAGAAACGUUUCGGAAAAACUGAACAACUUCGGUGGUAGUUUAGUUGGACUGAGGAAAUAGCUGGAAGAGAUCUGGUCACAAGUUUAUGUAGCUUAAGAAACCUUGACUGACUGAUGAUGGUGCAAGUUUUACAUUGCUUGUUUAGUAUAUGUAUAAGGUGUAGCAAAAAUUCACGAUGGGACGACCCCACUGACUGGUAGGAGGAACAAAAACCGGUCAUGCAAUCGAGGUUAACGGCGGCUUUCGCACGAAACCAAAAAAGUUCAUGAUCAAAGCGAGAGGAGAUAUCAAACGUGCGAAAAGAAGGAGCUAGUUAUGAUUAUUUUUCGAAUCAAAUUCAUCUGCAUAAUGAAUUUCCGUUAGUUUCAAAACAAACAGACUGCUGUUCAAUAGUGUAAUUGUAUAAGAGCAAGGAGAAAUAAAAGAAACCCAUCUCUGAGCAGGGAGUUUGAACAAUC